AUGCGCGUUGCGCGCCGGACGCGGAACGUCUGCCGGUGUACCCGCGCUGCUGGUCCCGGGGUCCCUGAACCGCGGUAAGGGCGGGGGUGCGGGCGUCCGAAUGGGCGUUUUCUAGGUACGGGGCGCGGACUAGAGGCUCGCUGGGCCCGGAGACGGGCGGACUGGAGUCGGGGAGCCGGAGGGCGGCCCCGCUCCCUCCGCUGGCCAUGGCCCCCCCGCCCGCGUGCCGGUCUCCGAUGUCACCUACGCCGCCGCUGCUGCUGCUACUGCUGAGUCUGGCGCUGCUGGGCGCCCGGGCCCGCGCCGAGCCCGCCGGGAGUGCCGUCCCCGCGCAGAGCCGCCCAUGCGUGGACUGCCACGCCUUCGAGUUCAUGCAGCGCGCCCUGCAGGACCUGCGGAAGACAGCCUGCAGCCUGGACGCGCGGACGGAGACCCUACUGCUGCAGGCAGAGCGCCGUGCCCUGUGUGCCUGCUGGCCAGCGGGGCACUGAGGACCACGCUGCUCCAGGUCAAUAAAUGCCCAGUGGCA